GCCACUCCAGUGGACCCCGGAACCGGAAUAUGGAGCCACGGAUUGCAUGAACAGUCGCAUCCCGAUCACAGCUAUGACACGCCUGUGUCAUUCAAUGGCGUGCGUGUUGUGUCGAAGUGCUUUUAGGUGCGUCCGUUCAGACCUGUGUUGCAGUGCUUGUCGAUCUGCAUGCGGACAGCUGCUGUGUAAUACUGGGUGCAGAUUUCGCAUGCUGUUUGAAUGUACGGUGGGGGCGUUCAUUGAGGAAUGUGCCCAGCCGUCUUCAGAUCCUCGGUGAUUCCUUAUUUGUGACAUCCAAGGCCAGGACUCAGUUGGUGUUCCACGGGCUUCCAGACCCUGGACUGUUUGUCCAAUGGUUCCUUAUCCAAUGCCCUCCUCACCGUAGGGGCUUUGUCGCGGUAUCAAAGUUGAGCCGGGUCGGCCAACUUCUUUUCUGCUCCCUGUGUCGAGUUUACUCCUUUUUCUCCUCCGUAGCUGUUUUGGCUCAGACUGCUUGUGCUCCAGCAUCGUGCUCAGCUGGUUCCAGAUACCGUACCGUGACGACCGGGUUGCGGUUGUCGUUCUUGCACAGGCCAGGGCGUCGAUUCACACGGUCCCCGGUUCCCAAUGGCCGCUCGUGCAUUCUGGGCCGUGGCGCAGCAGGUGUCGCUCGCGGGGGCGAUCGCCGUGGCCCUCGACCGGGAGACAGGGGCCGGGCACGGCGGGGGACAGGGCAGAUCGGCCGCCCGCCUCGGCGUGAUGAGCAAGUCCGGGGUCACGCGGUACAGCGCCCGGCAGAUCAGGCAGGCCCGCAGCACCGAGGGGGCCUACUGGCCGGACUCCAGCAGCCGCGGCAACUCGCUCUACGCCGGCGCAGGGGACCUCACGGACAACGUCUCGUGGGGCUGGCAUCACCCGAACGGGGUCUACAGCACCAUCCCAGUCGGAGCGCCCCUCAUCGACAACGAGCUGAACAUCUACGUCGGGUCGGACGAUGCCAUCCGGAAGUUCGACGUGUCUGGGGAGCUGCUCUGGAGCUACGCCCCCCGCGGCCAGCUCGCCGCCGCCCCGUCCAUCGCCAUCAGCUCGCUGUCGCGGCGCAUGGCAGUGGCCCCCACCGAGGUCUCCGCCGAGGAGGAGGCGGCCCUCCGGCCAGACUGGGCGAAACAGGGGGACGACCCCGAGGUCCCGUACGAGACCUUUUUCGCCCAGGUCAAGGUCGGCGACCGCCUUAAGGUGCGCCCAGGCAAGGCGUUCGUCGGGGACGGCGGCAAGGACCUCUACAGGGACGGCGACCAGGGCAGGAUCACCAAAGUCCUCAGGGAGGGAGGCGACGGCGAGCGGGUGGUCAUCCAGUGGCCGCGCACCGGCCACGAGAGCGUCGCGAGCCUCGCCUCCCUGGGCAAGAGGUUCGUGCGCGUCGCCAGCGAGGUCAGUGCGGCCACCCUGCCGCCCAUGCUCGUCGGGAGCACCACCUCUGGCUACGUGUUCGCGGUCGGGCUCAGCGACGGGGAGGAGAUCUGGGCGACCCAGGCCUCCGAACAGAUCGCGGGCGUCAAGGGGGCCGUUGGCGCCAAGGACGGAGUGGUCGUGGUCGCGACCAACCGCUGCACCGACCGGUACUGCUACCGGUACCGCAACCAGACGAACCCACUCACGCCGAGCAACUCCAUCGUGAGGGGCCUCAGCGCAGCGGACGGCAGCGCACUCUGGUCCUACAGGACACGGUCGCCCGUGUGGAACAUGGUGCCGCAGUGGGGCCCCAACGACACCGUCAUGUUCCAGGACUUCGAGGCCAACGCCUACUGCCUCAACUUCAAGACUGGUGCGCUGGUGUGGACGUUCCGCGCCUCCAAGGGCAUGGGCACCUACACGAACGCCGCCGCCGUGUACGACGCGGCGUCCGAUCGGUUCUUCUCGAUGGGCGCCAAGGAGUACGAGCACAAAUAUUGCAACCCGUACCCCGCGCCAGGUGUCCUGCCCCACUGCAACACGUGGCCUGGCUCCGCAGGUAUGAUCUACGGCCUCAACGCGACCUCGGGCAGAAAAAUUUGGGAGUUGGAGACCCGCGAGCCGCCGGCGAGCGGCGCCGUCGGCUUGCUGAACAGCCCCCCGGGCCACACCAGGCUGGUGGUCACCCUGGGCUACAACUGCAGGUACAACUCCCCCUCCGGGCUCCUGUCCAUCGACCCGCACAACGGCCACCUCCGGUGGGAGAGGGAGGGCCCGACGCUGUGGUCCGGCAUGUGCGCGGGAGACAAGGAGGGCGGCGACAUCCGGAGGGCGAUGGGCGGCCGCGCCGCGUGCGUGCCGAACUCCUGGUCCAGCCCAGUCAUCGACUCCAACGGUGACUUCUACGUCGGCAACCAGGUGGGGGUGCUGCAGAAGUGGGGGUCUCCCACGGGGCGGACCCUUGACGUCCAGCUGCUCUCCACCCUGACCACGGGGGUGGCGUUCCAGGACUCGGCCAUCGCGGUCGGGCCCGGCAUCAUGGCGGUGUCGACGUGCACCUCUCUCAUCGUUAUGCAGACUUCGGAUGGGGACAACUUCACCUUUCCCCAAUACGAGUACUGAGCCUGUCAGGCGAGAACAGGCGGUGAGGAGGAGGAGGAGAAGAGGAGGAGAAGAGGAAGAGGCAGGAUGUUAGUUCUUAGUGUUCGA